AUGGGAAGAAGAGAAUUAUAUCGAAACAAAGCGAGCCUUCAUAAUGCUGCUCCUCUUGCUGCAGCCCAUUCUCAACCUCUUGGAAUUACCAUCGGAGCAAGAACUACAGCUCUCAAACCUCCAAAGUAUUACAUUCCUCGUGAAUAUUAUGAGAAAAUUCUGAAAUAUAUGAGAACCAAAGAACAGACCAAUGAGCUUGCACAGGCUCUUACGAAAUACUUGUUUUCUCCAAAGGAUUGGAACUACUUCUAUUUUGAACAUCGGUGGAAGGAAUAUGCCAAUGUGAGGAGAGCUUUACGUAAAUUAGUUCAAAUGGGAACAUUGCAAACCUUAUUGAGAGGUAAAUACUUUGUGGAAGAGGAUGGAGAGGAGAAGGGUGGAAAAUCAUCACCCAAUACCGCCUCUUUUUCUUCUCAAGAAACGAACAAGACAACAUUAGAAUCCUCAUUAGCAACUCAAUCAAAGAAUUUUGAAGAAAUUAUUGUUAAAGAUGAAAGGAAUGAAAUAGAUCAACAAAAUAUUGCAACAUCAAAGAAAAACAAAAAGAAGAGAAGGAAAAAGAAGCAACAAGAAGAGGAAGAUUUAGAUCUUGAUGACGAUGAUGACAAUGGUGAUGAUGGAACAUUUGACGGAUUCGAAAUACAGAGAGAAGAGGAUAAAGAACCUUUAUAUGAAUUGAAUGAGUGGAAAGAGGAUAAGAAACAAAAGAAAAAGAAUGCAAAAAAUGGCAAUAAGAAUUCAAAAAAGCAAAUCGAAGAAGAGGAACAAGGCACAGAGGAUCAAUUGCUUAACGAAGACAACUUUAAAGAAGAACAGGGCGUCCCAGUUCGAACCGUUCAUAUUGAUUUUAACAGCAUUAAGAAAACUUGCUGUCAAACUGAAAAAAUUGAUUGUGCAGAAUAUGAUUCUGUUGUGCAUAUUACUUCAUCAGGAGCAAAAAAACCCUCAAAACAUCAUCACAACAAGGAAUUAGAGGAUACAAAUGCUUUGCAUCACACAAUUAUUCAAGUUGUGGAGGGUGACGUCCUGUCAACUGCACUGAUGUUGAAAAGAUCCAACAAAAUGAAUCCCUUGAUUUUGAUUAGUGGCAGCCAAACGUCACCUGCCGGGUCGUAUUCAAAAGGAGGAAAUACUCAAGAGGAGGAUGUGUGCCGAAGAUCGGCUUUGGCUCUUGCAUUGGCUGACCCUUAUCGCUUUGAUGAAAACAGAACUUGGACUUAUCCAUUGCCAGAAUUUGGAGGUGUUUAUGUUCCUCAUUGUUUAGUGAUUCGUCAACCAAAGAGUGAGGGUUAUGCAUUUUGUAAACAUCCUGCCACGAUCAGCAUGAUGGUCAUGUAUCCUUACAUUAAUCCUCCCACAGAGAAGAGAAAAGUAGCUGACCCUUCUACAGUUGUGACAGAAAAUGAUGAACACUCCGAUGAAGAUAUACAAUAUGAAUUGUUUGUUACAAGCAAAUUGGCGAAUUCAAUCAAAAAGAAAAUUGCUUCCUAUUUUGAAAUUGCCUUAAGAAAAGGCCAUGACUCGCUAGUAAUUGGCUCCUUUGGAUGUGGUAAUACUCACUCAAACCCAGCCUAUCACAUUGCUUCAUUGUUUAAGGAAGUUUUGUCAAGUGACAUUUUCAAAGACAAGUUCAAAGCUGUCAUUUUCUCAAUUUCACAGGACAACGAGUCAGACAGUAAAUUAAAGAACGACUCUGAAGAAAAUUUGGAUGAAGAGUCAGAAGAAAGCAGCGAUAAACAAGUCGCUGCUGAUGAAGACGAAUUGACAGACGAGCUUGAAAUUUCUAUCUCUGUCGAACAGCCAAGCACGAAUACUUCUCCAUCAAAGAAGAAUAAUUUAUCAAUUUUCUCCAAAGUCUUUCACGGAAAAGAAGAUGCUCCCACUGCCGAACAUUUCAUUUCCACCAUGCCCUCUUCCGUCACUCUUUGA